AUGGCGGAGCUGCAGGAGGUGCAGAUCACAGAGGAGAAGCCGCUGUUGCCAGGGCAGACGCCCGAGGUGGCCAAGGAGGCUGAGUUAGCUGCCGGAAUCCUCCUGGACCAGGGACAGACUCACUCUGUGGAGACACCUUAUGGCUCUGUCACUUUUACUGUCUAUGGCACCCCCAAACCCAAACGCCCAGCGAUACUCACCUACCAUGAUGUGGGACUCAAUUAUAAAUCUUGCUUCCAGCCGCUGUUUCAAUUCGGAGAUAUGCAGGAAAUCAUUCAGAACUUCGUGCGAGUUCAUGUGGAUGCCCCUGGAAUGGAAGAGGGGGCUCCUGUGUUCCCUUUGGGAUAUCAGUACCCAUCUCUGGACCAGCUGGCAGAUAUGAUCCCUUGCAUCCUGCAGUACUUAAAUUUUUCCACAAUAAUUGGAGUUGGUGUUGGAGCUGGGGCCUACAUCCUGUCACGAUAUGCUCUUACUCACCCGGAUACAGUCGAAGGUCUUGUCCUCAUCAACAUUGAUCCCAAUGCCAAGGGCUGGAUGGAUUGGGCAGCCCACAAGCUAACAGGCCUCACCUCUUCCAUUCCGGAGAUGAUCCUUGGACAUCUCUUCAGCCAAGAGGAGUUGUCUGGAAAUUCUGAGUUGAUACAAAAGUACAGAAAUAUCAUUACACAUGCACCCAAUCUGGACAACAUUGAACUGUACUGGAAUAGCUACAACAACCGCCGAGACCUGAACCUUGAGCGUGGAGGUGCUGUCACCCUCAAGUGCCCUGUGAUGCUGGUGGUAGGAGACCAAGCACCCCAUGAAGAUGCAGUGGUGGAAUGUAACUCAAAGCUGGACCCCACCCAGACCUCUUUUCUCAAGAUGGCUGACUCUGGAGGCCAGCCCCAGCUGACUCAGGUGAUGGCCUCAUCCUGCAUGACUCGCCUGUCACGAUCGCGCACAGCCUCCCUGACCAGUGCAGCAUCCAUUGACGGCAACCGGUCCCGCUCUCGCACCCUGUCCCAGAGCAGCGAGUCUGGAACUCUCCCUUCAGGGCCUCCAGGGCAUACCAUGGAGGUCUCCUGUUGAGUGACCUUUGUUGCCCUGGUGUAGGACCCAGCCCUCACCUCCCCCAGCACUAACCUGGGAGGUGCAUAGGGCACUGGGCCAGAGUAAGGGAAGAUGGGCAGAUCAUGUGGGGAGAUGACCUUGAUCUUUGAUUGCUACCCUAACCUUGACCUCUAACCUGUGAUUCCCCUCAGCUCCUGGGAGAGAUGUCCCAAUAUCUCUUAGGGACCCAGACCCCUAAAGUAUCCCUCUCCCUCAUUGUGGUGU